GACAUAAUGGAGAUGCCGACACAAUUGGGUAGCUUAAGAAGUCUACAAACGUUGACAAAAUUUAUUAUCGGCAGCUGUAAUGGGUCUUGCAUUGGAGAGUUGGGAAAACUUACAAAUCUUCGAGGAAAGCUUGCUAUUUUGAACCUUCAAAAUGUUGUCUCUUCCACAGAUGCCGCGGAUGCAGGCUUGAAGGACAAGAAGCACAUUGAGGAGUUGGUGUUGGAAUGGAAAGCUGGUACUGUUGUUUUAGAAAGUCAAAGAACUAUACUUGACAGUCUCCAGCCUCAUUCAAAUUUGAAAAUUCUCACUAUCAACAACUAUGGUGGUCAAAAUUUUCCAGAUUGGGUAGGGCACUAUUCAUUCUUUAAUAUGGUAUCUCUUCAUCUAAUUAGGUGUAAGUUUUGUUGCAGCCUGCCAUCGCUUGGACAACUACCCUCUUUGCAGAACCUCUCUAUUGUUGAGUUUGAUGGAGUUGUUACAGUGGGUCCUGAAUUUUAUGGUAGUGGUUCGUCUUCAAUUAGGCCAUUUAAAGCAUUGAAAGUUCUAAGGUUCGAGUUGAUGUUGAAGUGGGAGGAAUGGUUUACCUUGGGUGCUGAAAAUGAAGGUGAAGCUUUUCCUCUCCUCCAAGAGCUUUAUAUUCAUGAUUGUCCCAAGCUAACAAGAAGGUUGCCCAUCCAUCUUCCUUCUUUAGCCAAACUUGAGAUCACAGAAUGUCCACUAUUGGUGUCUUCACUCCCAAUGUUUCCUGCUAUAUGUCAAUUGAAUCUAACACGUUGUAAUGGGGUUUUGUUAAAGGAAUUGCCAACUAGAAUGCAGGUUCUCAAAGUUGGAGGAUUUGAUGCACUAGAUUCCCAAGUCAACAUAAUGAUGGGGCCCAGUAAUACUUCUCUUCAAGAGUUAGAAGUUAGUGAUUGUUCUUCGUUUGCGUCCCUUUCCAAGGGUGAUCUAGCAUCUAUAUUAAAAUCCCUUAUCAUUAGGAAUUGUGGGAUUUUAGAGCUCCCAAUGUACCCGAUAUUUUCAUCCCUUAAAAAAUUAUACUUAUUUGAUAUUCAUGGUUCUCUCAAGUCCGUCCCAUUAGACUUAUUUCCAAAGCUUUGUGACAUCUAUAUCUUUGGGUGUAGGAAUUUGGAAUCCUUGAUAGUUUCUGAAGAACAUAGACAUGAUUUAAUGACAUUGCAAAUACAAAUCAUAAAUUGCCCUUGUUUUGUAUCUUUUCCAAAAGGCGGAUUGCGUGCCCCCAACCUUACAUUGCUUUGGGUUUGGAAUUGUGGAAGUUUGAGGUCAUUACCAGAUAAUAUGCACAUUUUCCUCUCAUCUCUUGAGGAUUUGCAAAUAGUUGACUGUGCAAAAGUUGAGUCGUUUCCUGAAGGGGGUUUGCCUUCUAAUCUAAAAUCAGUUUCCAUUGUUGAUUGUGACAACCUCGUUGCCGGACGAAUGGAAUGGGGUUUGCAAAAGCUCCCCUUUCUUAAAAGUUUGUUUAUUUGUGGCGAAAAGGGAGAUGCAAAGUCCUUUCCGGAGGUGGGAUUGCUGCCCACCAAUCUGACUUCUCUUCAAAUAAUGAAUUUUCCAAGUUUAAAAUCUUUGGAUAAAAGGGGGUUUCAACACCUUGCCUCUCUUGAAGAAUUGAGGAUUUAUGACUGUCCUAUGCUCAAGUACAUGCCAGAAGAGGGGUUGCCUGCCUCCGUUUCUGUUUUACUGAUCAACAAUUGUCCUUUGCUAAAGAAACAACUUCACAAGAAAAAAGGAAAAGAAUGGCUCAAGAUUGCUCAUGUCCACCUAAUAAUGAUUGAUGAUGAAUUGAUUGAAUGAGCUAAAUGUCUAGCAAGAAUCUCCACUCAGUUGUGUUGAAGAUCUAAGAGCUAGCUCGAUUAUGACUACACAAAGCAACGCGUCCGUUUCCAAAGUAUGAGUGGAUGAAAGAGGACGUGGCUUCCGUUUGAUUGAUCAAAAGCUCCUUGGUUAAUUUUGAUGGAGUGGAUCCAAACUGUUCUGUGAAAGUUCCCGUGCCUAACGAACGACUCUUGAUGUGACAAGUGGUCUUGCUGUUAGAAAGCGCGACGCCCAAGAUUUUCAAUUUAUUAUGAUCACAGCAGAUAUUGGAGUGGCCUUCUCGCCAUGGUCUCAGAUGCCAAAUUUUUGUUGUACCUUAGACUGAUGCGCCCGGUUGACAUAUUGAAUUAGCUUUGUCACACACCUCAAACCUCAAGUCCAAGCUUUGUUAUGCCAUUUAUAAAUGCUAAGAAAAUGGAACGUAUAGCAUAGAAAUAAUUGUAAAGCAAGAGUAAUUUCUGUACUUAAAGAAGUAGGGAACAGCAGUAUGCCAUUACUGGAGAGGAUUGCACAACAGGUGUCUGAUGAAAUGUUCCCUCACUGUGUAAUCAGGAGGUGUUUCUGUUUGUAUGUAUAGAAAACGUGUGUACAGCUUGUAGCUAAUCUGAUAAACACAAAGAUGUUGAAACUCAAUACAAUUCAAUGUUAUCUCUUAUCUAAAUGUUUAUUAUCUUUGUGAGAUGAUGUUCUUGAGUGAGAUGAUAUCAGACUUUCUCUGCCAUGGAGGACUCUGCAUCUUCAUAUUGUUUCCUAGGUGUUGUUUAUCAGUUUACUAAAUAUUAUUUCUCUAGUUCAAAAUGGGAAAUUAAAAAGGAGCUACUCUUACUGUAUGAAAGAGGGGACAUAUCAGGAAAAUAUAAUAUUAUCUGGAAAGAGAAAAAUAUAUUUCAA